GCCAUUAAGUCCAAAGAACAACGAAGUAGUAGAGAAAUGACGGGCAGCCAAGUUCCUUUGAACAACAUAUUUUAACAGUUGUGCUUGAAUUUAACUGGACUUAUUCAAGUAAAGUCUAAGCACCUUCAAAUGGCAGAAGCCAAUAUUUCCGUGGCUGAGGAUCAGUUCAACUGUUCGAUCUGUCUGGAUCUCCUGAGGGAGCCAGUGACCAUCCCCUGCGGACACAGUUAUUGCAUGAACUGUAUUACAGACUACUGGAAUCAAAAUGAUCAGAGGAGAGUUUACAGCUGCCCUCAGUGCAGAGAAACCUUCACUCCAAGACCUGCUUUAAACAAAAACGUGAUGUUUGCUGAAAUUGUGCAGAAACUGAGGGGGGCAUCAUUUCAGACUGCUCCAGCGCUUAGUUAUGCAGGACCUGGAGAUGUGGAGUGUGAUGUUUGCACCGAAAGGAAAUACAAAGCUGUUAAAUCCUGUCUGGCGUGUCUACAGUCUUACUGUCAAACUCACUUUGAGCGCCAUGAGGAGUUUCACUCCGGCAGACAUAAAGUGACCAAAGCUACUGGACAACUGAAGCAGAUGAUCUGCCCAAAACAUGACAAACUGCUGGAGGUUUACUGUCGCACUGAUCAGAAGUGCAUUUGUUUACUGUGUACGGUAGACGAACAUAAAAAUCAUGACACCGUAUCGACUACAUCAGAGAGGACGGACAUACAGAAACAGCUGGAAGAGACACAGGCUCAUUUCCAGCAGAAGAUCCAGGAGAGAGAGAAGAGGAUGCAGGAGCUGAAAGACGCUGUGAAGACCAACAGGCACCUUGCACAGGCGGCAGAGAAGGAUAGUGAGGAGAUCUUUGCUGAACUCAUCCGAUUCAUUGAGAGAAGCCGAUCUGAAGUUAUAUGGAGGAUCAGAAAUCAGGAAAAGGAUGCAAAGAGUGAAGUUGAAGGACUCUUGAAGGAACUGGAGCAGGAGAUUGAAGAUCUAAAGUGGAGAAACACUGAGCUGGAGCAGCUUUUACACACUGAUGAUCACAUACAUUUCCUACAGAGAUUUCAGUCUCUCUGUGAACCUUCAAAAAUGACCGACAUAUCCAGAGCCAAUGUCAGUUCUGUCCUCCUUAAUGAAGAUGUGGGGAGAUCUGUCUCUCAGCUGAAAGAAAAACUGGAGCAGUUCUGUAAAGAGGAGAUUGAGAACAUAUUUUAUAAAGAAGCAAAAAUCAACAGAGCUUACCAGACUGAACCCAAGACCAGGAAGGACUUCCUACAAUAUUUCCUUCAACUCUCUCUGGAUCGAAACACAGCGCAUCAAUCCCUCUGCCUGUCUGAGGGCAACACAGUGGCGACUUACACUCACACAGCUCAGCACUUACCCGACCAUCCUGACAGAUUUACCAACUUUUUUGGUGUGCUGUGUAGAGAGAGCGUGAGCGGACGCUGCUACUGGGAGGUGGAGUCGAUUGGGAACGAGAGACUGUAUGGAGUCGGUGUGGCGGUCUCCUAUAAGAGCAUCAACAGGAAGGGAACGAGAACUACAAGUGGAUUCGGAUAUAAUGACCAAUCCUGGAAAAUGAUCUGCUCUAGAUCCCGUUACAUUUUCUGGCACAACAACAUCAAGACGAAACUCCCUGCGCUCUUCAGAUCCUCCAGAAUAGGAGUGUAUGUUGAUCACAGAGCUGGAGUUCUGUCUUUCUUCAGUGUUUCUGACACAACAAUGAACCUCAUUCACAGAGUCCAGACAACAUUCACUCAACCACUCUAUCCUGGGUUUUGGAUAGAUCCAGGCUCAAGGCUUAAAAUUUGUAGACUUUAAUGAUCCUAUACCAGACUAGAUUUGGGACAUAAACCAGAAAUUACUAGAUUAAGAGUCUCUUAAUCUAUUUCAUUCCAUAAGGACCUGUCCCAAAACUGAAAAAGUACAUUAAAAAAAGCUAAAGAACAUCAUUUACGUAUUUUCAAGUUAUAUUUUUAUAUAUUUUUGGCUCUAACAUUGUUAAAUGUUUAAGAAAGGGUUAAAAUGUGGAACUGGUAUCACUGUUAGAUUACCAACACAAAUAACAUCACAUUUCCAUAUUAAAAUUGCAUUGAUAUUAGGGUUUUUACAAUUCUAGAAUUCAUUACCAACUGAUACUGGAAUUUUUAAAGCGUCCAUUUCCCGCUAACAUUCGAGCGCUGUUGAUGGCAUUCUUAAACAGCGCAGAUUAGCCAUUGUGUUCAUGAGCUCAAAAGAAAUUACUGUGAUUGGCUUUCAGGUCAUCAGUUUACUGAACUCACCUCUGUUUACUGCGUGUACCACAGAUACAGGGACACUGGAGCGCUUUAAAGCCGUGAUUGAACAGCAGAUGUCAGCUUAUAGGCAAACCAGCUGAUCUUAGCGUCUUUAAAGCGCUCCACUGUCCCUGUAUCUGUGGCUUCACUCAGUAAACAGCGGUGAGUUCGGUAAACUGAUGACCUUCACGGCCAAGCACAGUCAUUUCUAUUAAGCAUGUGAACACAAUGGCAAAUUAGCGCUGUUUAAGAACUCGCUCAAAUGUUGGUGGAAAAAUGGACGUUUUUAAAAUUUCAAUAUCGACUGGUACCGAAUUCCAUUAUCAUUACAACCCUAAUUGAUAUUGAACGUUUUACACUUGCAAGUCCUUUGAAUGUUCUCCUAGUGGACUGGCGAAGAAUAUACAAAAUUGGACCACAUCUGUCUUUAUUUGCAGUUGUGAGAGUUUAUUGUUUUGAAUGAGGAUGAUGUGUCGAAAGAAAUGUGCACAGGUUGGGGCACUGUUGAGGACAUUAUUAUUUUGUUUAACCAAUAUCACAAUUAAAGUGAGUUAAUGCUUCAAAACAUCA